AAACAGGAAAUGUGUUCGGCGGUUCGGCAUAGUGCAUAGAUUUUGAUGGUUAUCAACUGCAGCAGUUUGAUAGUUUGAUUUUUCAAGUACAAUCAGGUUUUAAGAUAUUUGUUUAGUUUUCAGGUCUAUGUAUUGUUUCUAAUAAUUUUAAUAUUUGGUAUUUGAGGUAAUAUAUACUUUUUUAUCAACCUCAUCCUCGACCUUUGAGCUUGAGAUGCAACUCUUCGUAAUCUAGAAUAAUUUAGUUUUUAUUCUAUCGGAAACAUUUAUCAUCAGCCUUCUAAUUAUUUAAAUCAGCGUCAAAAAUGCACAUCACAUGUGUGAUUUGCGGAGAUCUAUUUACUGGAACAAACAUUGCAGAAAGUGUAUACUCGACUCCAUGUGGCCAUCUUUUCCACCACCACUGUCUUAUGGAAUGGCUCGGAAGAUCACCUUCGUGUCCUCAGUGCAGACAAAAAACGUCCGAUAAGAAAAUUACUCGUAUUUUUUUCAAUUUGUCCAGCACAAGUGAGAAUGACGCAAGCGCUUUAGCGUUCCAGGUUGAUAGCUUGCAAUAUAAAUUGGAUGAGAGUGGCAGAGAAAUUAAAUUGUUAAAAGCCGAAAGAGACAAAUAUAGCCUUCAAGCCAAGGGCCUAAGGCAAGAAGUAAUACAAGUUUCUAAUAAGGAGAAAAAGCUGGAACAAUGUGUCCAUGCUCUUAGAAGCGAAGUGACGCUAUUGAAGAAAAGCUGUAAAGCUUAUGGGUUGCUUUUAUGUGAAAACGAAGAGUUGAAAAGAGAAAACGCCAGCCUCAAAAAAAUCAAGGAUAUAAUUCAUGGCUCUGAUGCAGAGGUUGAUGAAGCUCUCGAAGAUGCUGACGCUUAUCCCAAUUUGAGACAGUGCAUCACCUUUUUUAAGAAGAGGAUAAAAACUCUUUUGAAUGAGCACAAGAAUGUUCAGGCUGAAUUGAACAUUCAAAAAAGAAAACGCCUUGACCUGGAAUUGAAAUUGUCAUCACUUUACGAGGAAAGGAGAGUGAUGAACCUAGAGAACAAAGGACUGAAGACUAUAGCUUCAAUUUACACUGGAAACAGGAAUCCUGCGAAAAAAAUGAGUAUUGACAAAGUUGAUACUCACAAUGAUGAAGAAGAGCAGCUAUUCGAAAUCAGUGAUGAUGAGAGGAGGGAACAAAAAGAAGAGACCGAGGUGUCCUACAACAAGCCGGUCUUCGCACACACGUCCAGGUCGAGCGCUCUGCAACCAAACCAUAAAAUCCAGCAUAGCUUCCGAGGCGCACUCAAACAGUCGUUUCCUGCAUCAUCGGCGUCAGGCAGUGACAACUUCCAUCCCCGAAAAUACUCAGCGGCGGCGCCAUCCAAAGUCGGCAAGAAGUUGAAGAAGAAGCUUUGUCCUAGUGCUGUGUCUGCUAUAAGAGACGUGCAAAAAGCCUCCACAGCCACAUCGGAAAUCGCCGCCAUGUUCUUCGAUUCAGUCAAAAUGACAGCAGAAGGUUCGAGACGCCGCGCCAGCAGCCCAUCAACCUCUAGAUUUGAAUCUCUCAUGGAUUCCAUUGAUCUCGAUACUCCACCAUCCGAACGGCGUGCCAAUCAUACAUUCUCAGAUAUUGAUGAGAUCUUAGAUACAGUACAGCUUUUAUCGCCGUCAUCACAGUCGAGCCGCCAAGCAAGCAAACAAUCAAACUCAAUCGAUCUCACGUGACUUUUCUUGCACUUUCAUCAAGCCUCGCUCAAAACAAAUGUAUUUUUAAGUUAUGUUUUCGUUUCUUAUUGGCGAUAUAAAUUCAACUAGUCGAUUCUCCAAUUUCUUAUGUUUUUUACUUGUCUCAUUUAACAUUAUAUUCAUCGAAGUAUUAAUUGAUAGUAUUAAACGCGUGAAUUGAUGGAAUUGUUCAAGGAAUUCUCCUGCUUAUGAUGUUCCAAAGUGAAAAUUAAAUCAUUAGUUGAAAAUGUUUUGUUCAGUCGACACUAUACAAUAUAUUCUCUAAAUUUUUUAAUGUGUCAAUAAUUUACUAUUAAAUUUCAUAAUUUGUUAAA